AUGGCUCAUCGGAUUGAUCUGACCAAAGUGGUCAAUCGGAUGCAGGCAAAUUCAGACCGGGCGGCGAACAACAUAGUGGUUGCAGAGGAGCUGCUGGCCAAGGACUCAGACAAUAGGAGGCGUGGCAGGUCUUUGACUCAGCCAGUUGACAUAGCGGAAAACCUGACCGAGGCGGACGCGCUGCUGACCGAGCUGCACAUGGACCUUGAAAGUGUGAAGAAGCUGCAGCACCCACAGAGCCAAGAGAUCGAACAGGAUGUGGGUGAUUUGACAGACCGCUGGUCUAAAACCUGCAGUGAGUAUCAGGACCUGUAUAAGCAGAGUCUGGGCCUGGAUCUCUCUCCAAACACUGACUGGCCUGGGCUUCUCUCCACUAAACUGAGGAAGAUCCAGACCGGGGGUUAUGGGUUGAGUCUGACUGAUGUGGAGAAGCAGCUGGCUGCUCAUGAAGUCCUGCAUAAAGAGAUUGAAUCUUAUCGCUCUCAUCUGGAUUCACCUCUGAAGAGUCAGUACAACCGCCUUGUGGAGGAGUCUGUGAGACGUAAAGCCAACCUGUCUUCUCUGUAUGACUACCUUCUACGCUGUAAUAAGGAGAUCAACUUCUUCAUCGAGCAGCAGACUCGCAUCCGCAAAACCGACUGGAGUGACCUGAUGAGGGAGUCCGGGGUGCGCAGCGAGUACGAGAGGUUCAAGAGCAACAGCCUGCCGACCCACGAGAGUGAAGUGGGCAAACUUCAGGAGGAAGCAGAUACCCUGAUCAACACCAACCAUCCAGGCUAUGAUUCUAUUAGUAAACAUAAUGAUAAGGUGAAAAGGGAAUGGAAUCAUUUUCUCAACCUGUGCCACUGCCAGGAGACCCACCUGAACAACGUGGAGCUCUACAAAAAGUACCAACUCGAUACUGAAAUGAUCUCUGAGUCCCUGAAGCGAGUGAACAGCACCAUGGAGCCCUCGCUGCUGUCCAACAUGAGCAACUCUCAGAUCCUGACGCAGCUGGAGGCUGAAGAGAGAGCGGUUCAGAGGAACGAGCGAAGGCUUGCUGACCUAAAAGAGUUCUGCGACAGGAUCGCUCCUCUGCCUCAGCGCAGGGCUCAGUACUACAGAGGUCCUGUCACGGCCCUGUGUGAAUGGAGCGAGGACACGGGGUCGGUACAUCGUGGAGAGAAGUACACUCUCCAGUCCAGCCCACGGGACGAGAGCUGGGAGGUGAAGGACAGCCUCGGGGAGAAGAAAGUCAUUCCUGGAGUUUGCUUCGUCAUCCCUCCUCCUGACUCGGAGGCCAUAGAGCGAGUGGAGGGCCUGGAACAUGACUUUGCUAGUCUGAAGAGGAGAAGAUCGUCUCUCCAGGCCUCCAUCAGGAGCCCCACUGAGGAGGUGGUGAAGGUCACCCGGAAAGUGUCCAUGUCCAGUACUCCUGACUCAGCCAGCCUCCCAGUACUCUCUCGAGCCAGCAGGGACGACGACCGCCUGGACCAGCUCAUCGCUGAUCUGAUGAAGUUGGAGAAGGAGGUUCUGGGCAGACUGAGAACCCCUCUGGCUCGAUCUGAUCACACCGGGGACCUUGCAGUCCGAAUCCGAGAGCAUGAGAGAGCCGUCUCCACCUUGAGGAAUCUGGAAUCAGAGAAAGCUUCAAUUCAACGAGAAAUCAACCAUCAGCUAUCCAGCUCACCAUUCCUAGCGCAAAAACUCAGCACUGCUACUAACAAGAUUGAGGAUCUCAACACCAUUACUGAGCUCUACGGCCAAAAGGCCAAUGCUGUUAUGCCCUUGGAAGAACAAAUCAAGAGGGUAGAUUUGACUCUGAAUGGGCUGGAGGACCGACUGGGCAGAGACACCAUCAUCUACAACAAGCCCAAUGCCAUUGAGGAUCAUAUCAAAUUACUGGAGAACAUUCAGACAGACGUCAAAGUGAAGCAGGUAGAAAUCCAGAAACUGAACAAGGAUCUGAACCUCACGGAGGAGCUGUGCGGCCACCUGCAGAAAAGUUUCCAGGAGUACUGUCCUGAUAUUUACCGCCAGGAAACGGAGGUUAAGAAUCUCAGGAACCGCUAUGCCAAAAUCGUCAACCAUCUGGAGCACAGACUGACGCUGAUGAAAGAGGCAGAACAGAAAAACAACAGCUUCCAGUCUGCUGUUAACUCUCUAAGCAAGUUCCUCAACCACUUACACAACACCAAUGUUUAUUCUUCAGACACCUACACUGAGAUCACCUACAAGCAUUACGCACAGAAGUGGACUAUUGAAGAGCUUAAGAAGAAAUCUUAUGAUGUGGAUCAAAUUUUAAAGCUUUCCACUGAACUGCAGGACAUCCUUAAGGAAUAUGAAGCCAUUACUUAUCAAUACCACCGCAGUGUCAGCGACACACAGUCUGAAAUAAGAUCCUGGCAGACUCUCACUCUCGCUGAAGCUUCACAGUACAUGGAAAAAGAUGUUGUCAACAGCUACUAUGAAGUGUUGGCAGAGAACAGCCAACUGUAUGACCAAAUGCUACUGUCCAGCAACAUGGUCAAUAAGCAAGAAACGGUGGUGAAUCGGGUGGUGGUGUACCAGCAGAUGGAACUGGAAGAAGUGGAGAACCUGAAAAAGGACCUGGCGGACGAGAUCUCCCGACGUAUUCACGCUGAGAACGAGAUGGAGAACUACAGAACCAGAAUUGUGGCCCUAAGAAGCCGGAGGGGUGUAGAGAGGGUGGAGGAGAUAGAGACGGUGCAGUACUACCGCGACUCCAAACUGGAGGCAGACCUGGUGGCUUGGAAAAAUGAAAUAGAUGAACAGAUCCUGAGACACUCCAUGGUCCACUCUGAGAUCGAAAUCAUCAAUAGAAAGGUCAUUAGUCUAGAGCACGAAGCCGAAAACAUCAAACCCAAGCUGAUACUCAAGGUGAUGACUGAGUUUGGAAGGGAUCUCAAACUGGAAAAGGAAGAGAUUUUCAUCCGAGAAGAGUUCCGAAGGCUGAGGGAGGAAAUUCAAGUGCGGGAGACGGAAAUAGUGCAGAAAACCUCUGAAUUCAUGUACUUGGAAAAUAAGAAGCAAACAAUUAUAGAGAGGGUGGUAAAGAAAGAGGUGGUAAAAAUAGAGAAGGAUCCUGAAAUGCUGAAAGCUGUCAUUGCGUUCAGGGAAGAACUCUCUGAGAUAAGCACCAGGUCCAAAUACCUAACCAGUGAAAUCUUCCAAAUAACAAGCCAGAUGAGCUCUUUGGAGAGAAUCAUCCCAACUAUACAACCCAAGAUUAUCACGAAAGAGGUACUGAAGGUGGAGCAAGACCAAGAAACCCUAAGAGAGUCGCAUAUUCUGCGUAGAAGCCUGGAGGAAAUACAGCAAGAAAUCACUGUUAUGCUAACCGAGAUUAAAAGCCUAGAGGUCCGUUACACCCACGUUGAGAAAGUGACACAAAAGAUAGAGUUCAGGGAAACUGUCAAUGAAGUCUACAGAAUUGAUCCUGAUACUGAGAUAGAACUGAGGCGUCUGAGAAAAGAGAUUCAGGAAUGGUUAUCAAAGCGAGUUGAAAUUGAGAAAACGGUAAAAUUGGUGACCGUGGACAUCACAAUUCUGCAUUCCGAGAAACCCAGGGUAGAGGUGAAGGAAGUCUUCCAGGAAGUCAUAAUAGAAGAGAGAAGUCCAGAAGUAACUCGGGAAUUAAUAAGGCUGAAGGAACACCUGAGCCAGAUUCAGGCCACCUACCACACUACAUUGGAGAAGCUGUCCAUUCUGCGCAGAGAACGAGAUGAGUGGAAGGUCGAGAGGUCUAGGAUAGAGAUGAAGGUAAUUACAACUGAACGUAUUAAAUAUGAGAUCAAUCCUCUGGUCGAGAAGGAGGCCGAACAGCUCAGGAAAGAGUUGCAAGAGGAGCUUCAACUCAUUCGCAUCAUGGAAGAGCAUGUCAUCGAUAUUCGCCAGAAAUUCAUCACGCUGGAAAAACAGAGGUACCAAGAAAAGAUUGUAUACCAGGAAGUCAUAAUCCUCCAGAAGGAUCAAAAACAGAUCAUCGAACAUGAAAGCCUGUCCAGGAGAUUCACCGAGGAGUUGACGUCCCGUCGGACAGUGGAGGAAGAAGUCCGGAAGUUGAGAGCCAUCGUUCAGGAGAAGAAAAUACUGAUUCAGCAGUCGGAUGUUCAGCAGAAGAAGAUCACUAUUGAUGCAGAGCUCAUAGAGAUCAGGUCUCUGGUUCUCACAUUCGAAAAUGCUCCACCCCCUCAGGAAAAGAUCAUCAUCGAGGAGGUCGUAAGGGUAGAGAGAGAUUCUGAUACAGACCGACAAAUAAAUAGCCUUCGCAUCGAAAUCGAAAGGGAGAGCAGCAAGACGACCGCACUGUUAAGGGACAUCCAAAACCUUAAGCUCAGAGUGGAGACCAUGACCAAAGAGAAGUCUGUGGAGAAGACUAUCUAUAAGGAGGUGAUCCGGUAUGAGAAGGACCACACUUUAGACCUUGAAAGAAAUUGCCUGAAAGACCAAAUAUCUCAAGUGAGGAUUGCCAGACGAAACCACGAAGAAGAAAUCCAGCACAUCCAAACCAAAAUAACCCGUGUUCAAACCACGGUCACGACAUACACCAGAGAGGAGACCACUCUUACCCAAACACUUACUAUUCUAAAGAAAGAAAGGGACGAAUUGCUCCGGGAGUUGAAGAGUCUAGAGAGAGAAAGAACCGAGAUCACUAUAAGAUUCCAGCAAGAGUCUAAACUGAUGAGUGAAAGAAGCCAAAUGUUUAAACAAAAGCUCUUUAAGCUGGAGUCAGAUUUACAGAUUUUAGAAAAGGAGAUUUACGCUGAAAAAGAAAAAAUACAAAAGAAAGAAAUCACUAUUAUCCAGCUGAGGGAUAGCAUAAAGAAAGAGGACCGUUCUGAUUCGCUCACCACAGAAACAACUAAAUCUACAAAAAUUACUAUUUUGGAUCCCGAGACUGGAAAAGAUAUGUCGCCAUAUGAUGCCUAUAUGCAAGGUCUUAUCGACCGGAGCUAUUAUAUGCAUCUCCAGACUCUUGAGUGCAGCUGGGAGGAAAUAACCACUUCCGGACCCGAUGGGGAAACCGCUAUCCUUAUGGAUCUCAAGAGUGGAAAGAAAUACUCUAUUCAAGAAGCCUUGCUAGCAGGCAGGCUGACCCAGUAUGAUGUCCAGCAGUACAAAGAAGGCAAAGUUCCCAUCUCAGUGUUUGCUCUUAAGGUUGCUGGAGAAAAGACCAGAAGAGCAACUAUUACCGAAAUCAUACCUCCAUCCUCGCCGGUUAAAAGCGUAUCGUCGUCGUCUCUGAUGAGGAGCUUCAGCUCAUCAUCUCAAUCAUCCCUCCAGCGCUCUUUAUCCUUGAGCAGCACUAAUCUAAGCAGCACCACACUUUACAGCACCGGAGAGGACACCUUCCCAAUCUCCGGAAUUCUGGACACCACGACAAAAAGUCGCAUGUCCGUGCGUAGCGCCAUGACCCGUAAACUAAUCGACCCAGACACCGCUCAGAAGCUUCUGGAAGUGCAAGCCGCCACAGGAGGAAUUGUGGACAUCAACAAAAAGGAACGCUUCUCGGUCCACAAGGCAGUAGAACGUGGCCUUAUCGACCCGACUCUGCUGCAAAAGCUCAUCAUCGCACAAAAGGCCUUUACAGGUGUCGAGGACCCUGCAAGUAAGGAACGUCUGUCAGUGGGCCAGGCAGCUCAGAAGGGCUUGAUCCCCAGUGAGAAUGCCAAAAGGUACCUGGAAGCACAGUAUCUCACGGGUGGUCUAGUGGAUCCCAACACACCCGGCCGAAUAAACCUACAAAGUGGCGUUGACGCCAAUAUGAUCACCCAGCAAACACUCAGAGAGCUGGAAGACGACCACAAACACAUGAAGGAACUGGUCGACCCUAAUACAAAAUCAAGAAUUACGUACAAGGAGGCCAUGGCACUCUGCAAGAAAGAUGAGACUACCGGACUCCUCCUGCUUCCAGUCACGUCUACUGACUCGGUCGAUAGCGUCUCCUACAACAGCUUCAGUUACUCUGCUAAAAUAUCAUAUUAA